CUCAGCUGCCCGUGGAGGAUCUCUCACCGUGACCGGAUAUCCGUCGGAGCGGCCUGUCGCGAACUUGACGCGUCCACCCGCAGCCGUUGAGGAUGUGACGGCUCGUCCGAUACCAGUCGUCGUCAGGACCAUCGCGUACAGUCGUCAUAUAAGUUUUUCAAAAGCUGAACGAUGACCCUGAAGAUACUGCUGGCGGCGAGCCUGCUUGUCGCGGCCACGACGAGCUCCGUUUCGUCGUCGUCGUUGUCGUUGGAGGAUCACCAUCGAGUGCCCUUGCAACGCAGCCACAGAAUAGUUUUGCCAGUUUGGUAUCGCGACCGACUACCCCACGCUAUUAGGCACGAUCGCUUCGAUGACGAACGCACCGUCCGAGGGACGAUCACCACCACCACCACCACCACCACCACGAGAAGUCCGUGGACGCCGCCGUGGCCGCAGGUUUCCACGACGAGAUCACCGCAGCAGAUAAAUUCGGCAUCGAGGCACACGGAGCAACGGAUGCUGGAACAAAAGUUCAAUGGUGCUGUGGCGAUGGCGGAGAACGGUGCAGGUACCAGGGCGAUCGCGUACGCGGGUUAUCACGGCAAUCAUCGGCAUCAACCAAGAGAGAUGGGCACGCAGGGCUUUCCACCGAUUAGCACGACCGUCCCCACGUACACCAGACAUCAUUCGGGGAGGCGAGUAUGUACUAGACAAGCUCCUAUGAUUUCUCAUCAUCAUCGAGGAAGACAAAUUAGAUUAGUAUACACUGAGAUGGCUUCCAGUUUCUUGUGCUGCCCAGGGUGGUCACAAGUUACUCACUUGAGUUUUGGUUGUAAUAAACCCUCGUGCUCAGCACCAUGUUUAAAUGGUGGAAUUUGUACAUCGCCUGGCAAAUGCACAUGUCCCAAAGGAUACACUGGCAACCAAUGCCAAACAGAUAUAGAUGAAUGCGUGAUAGAAAAACCGUGCGGGCAACUUUGCACAAAUCUACCUGGUAGAUACCGAUGUCACUGUAGAGUCGGAUUUCAACUUCAAGAGGAUGGCCAAUCUUGCCGAAGAAAUGGCACCGACGAAAAUGCUUUUGAAGCACGCGAUUUGGAGACCGAUGAUGUGCCGACAACAAAGGAUCCGACGACUUUCCACGAUACAGAAAAUGAGGUGAGCGAUGAUGAUCAAGACUAUGAGGUCAUUUUAAAGAGACUGAUCAAACUGGAAAAGCAAGUAGCCAGAAACAGAAAGAGAGAUACAGAGGCUUCCGAGAUGAACACCAAAGUUACAUUGGCGGUCGAAAGUGUUAACGAGAUGAAGAGAACCGUCGAAAAUGUGCAACUGAUGCAACAAGAAGUAUACGAUAUGAGAAGCAAGAUGAGGCAAUAUGAGACAGAAAUGAGAAAGAUACAUCAUCUGAUGAAUCGCGUCGCUGAAUUAGAAAAUCGUCUGAGAAUACGUUGCAGAUACCAAUAAAUCGUGGGUCAUUCAACUGUUAGCAUAGCUAAAGCAUCCUACCGAAAUUAUCAAUAUAACUUGAUACUAAUAUCGAAUAGUAGUAAUACUAAUCUAUUUUAUUUGAUGUUAAUAGUAGUGUUACUACUAUUUUACUUAACAAUUAUGGAUAACGAUAAUAUUUUUUAUCACGAACUUCUUGCGUUCUCGGAAUACAUGGAAACAACUAAUAUAUAUCUUUGAAUCAGAGAUAUGUUUAUACAGAAGAAAAUGCUGUACAUUUAGAAUAUUUAUUUUUGAUUUUCUAACUACACAAAGCGAUAUUGAUCCGUUUAGUCUCAAGGUGCUGAAGUAGUAGUAGCUGUAAGACGCGGAAUUAUUUCCGUCGUGAAAUAUCACUGCCAUCAUUUAGCAUUUGUAAUAUUUUUUCAAGCUAAUAAUAGUAAUAGUAUAAUUUAAAUAUUAUAACUGAGUAUCAGGAUAGAAUUAAAUAUCAUAGUUAUUUGUGUGUACUCAGCUUUAUAAUAUAAAAAUAAAAUUAAAGUGGAUUCUGUA